AUGUUUUUAUUAAAAUUCUUGAUAGAGACAUUUAUUUUUGUAUUAUUUUAUAACUUUGCUAUUUCUAAACAAUGGAAAAGUGGUUUACGUGAAAGAUACGAUGGAUAUGGAGAAGAUUGGAUAUUUAUGCCAGAUGGAAAUGAUUUACCUCAAGUAGCGAUAUUAAAGUACGAAGAUAGCAUGAGAGGUAUUCUCGAUAGUGAAAACAUUUCUUAUAUUCUCUACACAAGGUCUGGCCCAGAAAAUGGCACGAGACUUAUGAUUAAUGAUACUGCAGGACUUCUCGAUUCAGAUUUUAAAGCAUCACGAAAAACAAAGUUCAUAACACAUGGAUGGAAGUCCAGUUCUAUGAGUUCUGGUCUUAGAAACAUGAAAGAAGCUUACUUGCAACACGAUGAUUACAAUGUCAUUCUUGUUGACUGGGAACCUUUAGCUGCAAGUACCUUUUAUCUUGGUCCCAUGCAAAAUACCGUUCGUGUAGGAAAGGAUGCUGCUAAUUUCAUCGACUUUUUAGUUACAGAAACUGAUUUAACCGCUGAAGACGUUCAUUUCCUCGGUCAUUCUUUGGGUGCGCAUGUAGCUGGUAAUGCUGGAGAUGCAAUAACUUCUGGUAAAUUAGGCAGAAUUACCGGAUUGGACCCAGCUUUGCCUGGAUUUCACAUGCUUGCUUCUAAUAAAACUCGUUUGGAUUUAACCGAUGCGAUAUUCGUUGAUGUUAUUCAUUCUUGUGGUGGUAUUCUAGGUUAUCUUCAACCUCUAGGUAAAAUAGAUUUUUAUCCAAAUGCAGGAACAGCCGUUCAACCUGGUUGUUGCUGUGUCCCGGAAGUCAUGGAAGCUUGCAGUCACGGACGAUCCUACGUUUAUUUUACAGAAAGUAUUAAUUCCAAGACUGGAUUUCCUGCAGUAAAAUGCGAAAAUUGGGAUCGUUAUAUAAAUGGUGAUUGCAUUGAUUCCAGGGUAGUUUUAAUGGGAGAACAUGUAGAUAAAUCUGCUAGUGGAUCUUAUUUUCUUAGAACACGAUCUGAACCACCUUAUGCGUAUUUACCAGAAAUAACCAACAAUGAUAUUUAAAUUCUAAU